AUGGCGCAGCUCAUCGAUCCUGAUAUGCCCGGUAGUGCUGCAGCACGAUCAGGAUUUGAUGGCCUCCCUUACGAACUGGUCUUUUCGGACGAUUUCAAUACAGCCAACCGCACUUUUUGGCCUGGGGAUGAUCCCUUCUGGGAAGCCGUAAACAUCAAGUAUGGGAGUACCGGCGAUCAGGAGCGUGGUCGGAUGCAUGGGCGAUGGGUAAUCUUGCGCGCCCGGGAUGCGGUGCGACUGCAGGCGGCGCAUGGCCUUACUCCUAUGACUUGUGAUGUUGGGACUUUCCCCAACCAGGCAGAGCGGGAUGGUUCUUGGCCAGCUGCCGCGCCCCAGCCAAAUGCCUUGAAGACCAAGUACAAUUAUGAACUAUCAUGGUUGCCGUGGCAGCGCCUUUCGGAAGUCAUACCUGACUUCUUCUCCAGCAUUUGUUUUGUAUUUGCCCCUCCUUACGGGCGCAUAUGCCCACUAUCCGCGCUCAACAUUGGACGCGCGCGCCAGGCACAUCGAAACGUCGCUGUCAUUGCACUUUCGAAGCUAUAUGGUUCGGAAGAUCCAUCUGAUGCGGAAGGAGAACCUACUGCUCUUGAGGUCCUACUGGAGACUCUUAGUUGCGAUCCUGCCGCAGACGUCCGUAGAGCCGCAUUGCUCAAUAUUCCUCUGUCUUCAGCUACCUUAGACGCCGCCCUUGGUCGAACCCGCGACAUUGACACGAUCAUGCACAAGCUGACAGAGUUCAUCAUUCGCAAUGGGUUAGCUUUAUUACUCAGCAAAUGGGUGGACGUUGCUCGUGAAGAUGUCAAGAACGAAGAAAGCAAGACCGCCGAAGAUAAUGUUCUCGCACUUUUAAGCCUCUUUGAUCUUACGGAGAGCACGGUUGCAGAGGACGCGCCGCUGAGUGUUUGGAAUAGACGCGCUGAUAUUUCCGACCACGUUGAGUUUAAUGAUGCCUAUUGGGCCAACCUGACCCCAGAACGAGCUUUUUUCGCUCGCGUCUUUGUUGACCAUUGCAUUGCCAUAAAAAAUGCGGAAAAACUAGAUGCUUCUUUUGAUGCUGCAUCCAUGUAUACAGAUCGAGAUCCGGAAAUCGUGCUUUUUCUACUAUUGAUCGAGGAAAUCGCCUUCUUCAAUGCAGAUCGAUAUGACGAGACAAACCUGCUCCUCAAAGAACUCGCUGCCAGUCGUCCGAAUGCCGAUACUCUCGCGCGUCGUGUCGUGCAAGCAUAUCUACGCGUUCAACCCGGCAUCAAAGCUUUGGAUGGCGCACGUCACGAUGAAGCCGCUGACCAUUUUACUGCCACUCUCGACUGCCGUGAUUCAUCAUCAAAAUUGAACAUUCAUAAAAUAUAUGAGGAUUUGGUGAUG